CGACAGGUCGCACUUUGGGCGAAUCCACGUGCAGGUUGCAGAAUGGACGGACAGGACAGCCUCUGAGGCUCCGCAGACUCCCUCCUAUACCCAACACUGGGAAGUUGAAGAAUUUUGAGUUUUAUUAUGUCAUCCACUAAUGCUGCACCACCUGGAGCAAAACAGACCAGCAUCAUGAUGCUGCCACCGCCACAACAGUUUUCAUGACGUCCACUGUCUGUGUCAAUAUCCUAAACAGGAGGAGAAAAAUGGGACCCAAAAAAGCCCUGAAACACAGACUGUCAAACGACACAGAAAGAGAGUUUGGAGGAACUCUGGGUGCCGUGUGCAUUCCCGUUUUCCUCCCACUGACCGUUCUCUUCCUGAUCUGUGUGAGCCAAUCGCCGGAGGCCAGCGUCCUCCAGUGGCCCCCCUGCCUCCCCUCCGUCGACCAGCUGUGGGACCCGCUGGCUCCCAUUCUGCUGUUGGGAUGGAUCGGACUGCAUGUCCUCCUCUACUUGCUGCCGUUAGGAAAGGUUUCUGAUGGAUUAGCGCUGAGGGACGGAAGCCGCCUCAAGUAUCCCAUAAAUGGUUUCCAUGGCCUGUGCAUCAGCGCCGUGUUGCUGUCGGUGUUGCUGGGGCUCGGCGCUCCUCUUGGAUAUCUGUUUGAGCUGCUGGUGCCGCUGGCGGUGUCUGCCAUCGCCGUGUCGUUCCUGUCCUCCGUCUACCUCUACGUCCGCUCUUUCUGGGCUCCCUCCCAUGCUCUGGCCCUGGGGGGAGACACAGGGAAUCCCCUUUAUGACUUCUUCAUUGGGCGGGAGCUGAACCCUCGGAUCGGAAACUUUGACCUCAAGUAUUUCUGUGAACUCAGACCAGGUCUGAUUGGUUGGGGGGUCAUUAACCUCGGGAUGCUGAUGAAGGAGGCGGAGCUUCGCGGUUCUCCUUCCCUCUCCAUGAUCCUCGUCAACUGCUUCCAGCUGCUUUAUGUGGCAGACGCUUUAUGGAACGAAGAGGCCGUUCUGACAACAAUGGACAUUGUGCAUGAUGGCUUCGGGUUCAUGCUGGUGUUUGGCGACCUGGCCUGGGUUCCCUUCACCUACGGCCUGCAGGCUUCCUUCCUGGUUGUUCACCCACAGAGUCUGUCUUUGCUCACGGCGGCGGCCAUAGUUGCCCUCAACGGUGCUGGGUAUUACAUUUUCAGAAAAUCCAACUCGCAGAAGAACCAGUUCAGGCGAGACCCGACUCACCCCAGCGUUUCAGGACUGGAGACCAUCGCCACAGCAACAGGGAAACGGCUGCUGGUGUCAGGCUGGUGGGGCUUCGUUCGUCAUCCCAAUUACCUCGGCGACCUCCUUAUGGCGCUGGCGUGGUCCCUGCCAUGUGGCUUCUCUCAUCUCUUGCCAUAUUUCUACGUGGUUUACUUCACCGUCCUGCUGGUUCACCGGGAGGCCCGGGACGAGAGGCAGUGCAGGGCCAAGUACGGACUCGCGUGGGACGCCUACUGUCGCCGAGUUCCCUACAGGAUCUUCCCGUACAUUUACUGAAAAAGGACAACAUGCUGGAUUUUUUUUAAAUGCUGGUGCACAACCUCAGUUUACAUAGAACCAGAAUGUCAAAUUUAAUUCACACAGACCAGAAGUGGAACCUGCUGGUUGAGAUCAAUGUUUACAUCGGACCUGGUUUAGAUGGUAGAGAACUGUAUCAAAUUAAAUUCUGAUUUUAUAAACCUAA